GUUAAUCAUUGACUGAAACGUUGUUAUAUGGUACAUGACUUUAGUUAACAAUACUGUUUUGUGCACAUAAUAAACUUUUCUUCACUAGAAAAGGUUUUAUCAUUUUCAAAGUUACUUAGCCUGUUUUUAUCUUAAUUACUGGAACAGCCUCUUUAAUCUAAAUGACUAUACUAGGUACAAGUUGAUUUGAUAUUCUUUUCUACUUCCACAGUAAUUUUCUAUCAAUGGAGAACCUUUUCUGUAUUUACCAAGAUCAAUCUUCAUUCUCAGGUUGCUGAUUCCCAUUAUUACUACAGUGAUAGAGGAAGGGUCAGAACUUUGGUCAUGGGCUCUGUCAGCAAUGGUCAAGGUCAAUGUUUCCCUUUCCUGGUCAGCCACACUCUUUCAAGUGAGCUGAAAGGCUACAGCAGUCCUCAGGAAUGAAGGAAAGCCUGUUCUCCUGCAGUGGGACAGCAGGGCAGAUGCUGCAGCACCGAGUGUUCCUGAAGUACAGGCUGGUGUCCCCGUGUCUUUUGGCAUUUUUAUUUCCAACUCUUUACCAACUUACUUAAAGAUCAGGACCCUGGUUUGCCGAGUGAAUCCUGACCGUGUCUGCCGGUGGCCUGCCUUCACUCACCUCCGAGGAAUCAGAACUUCUCCAUUGGUGUCUGAAGAGAUCUGUGAGUAGAGGAGCCUCAGAAGUCAGUCAAAUAGGACAGGGGAGCAUCUGUGAUGGCUUCAGGAAUCCUGGUGAACAUAAAGGAGGAGGUGACCUGCCCCAUCUGCCUGGAGCUCCUGACAGAACCCCUGAGCCUAGAAUGUGGCCACAGCUUCUGCCAAGCCUGCAUCACUGCAAAGAACAAAGAGUCCAAGAUCGACCAAGGAGGAGAGGGCAGCUGCCCCGUGUGCAGAAUCACUUACCAACCUGUUAACAUGCGGCCUAAUCGGCAUGUGGCCAACAUAGUGGAGAGGCUCAAGGAGGUCAAGUUGAGCCCAGAAGAGGGGCAGAAGAGAGAUCUCUGUGUGCACCAUGAAGAGAAACUCCGGCUCUUCUGUAAGAAGGAUGGGAAGGUCAUUUGCUGGCUUUGUGAGCGGUCUCAGGAGCACCGUCGUCACCAAACAUUUCUCAUGGACGAGGUUGCCCAGGAAUAUCAGAAGAAGCUUCAGGAAACUCUGCAGAGGCUAAGGGCGGCGCAGCGGGAAGCUGAGGAGUUGGAAGCUGACAUCAGAGAAAAGAGAACUUCCUGGAAGAAUCAAAUACAAAACGAGAGACAAAGUGUCCAGGCUGAGUUUAACCAAAUGAGAGGCAUCCUGGACUCUGAGGAGAAGAAGGAGCUGCAAAAGCUGACGAGUGAGGAGGGAACUAUUCUACAGAACCUGGCUAAGUCUGAGAAGGAGCUGGUGGAGCAGAGGCAGUUGAUGACAACUCUCAUCUCAGAUGUGGAACGUCGGUUGCAGGGGUCAACACUGGAGAUGCUGCAGGAUGUGAGUGGCAUCAUGAAAAGGAGUGAGACCUUGACUCUGAGGAAGCCAAAACCUCUUCCUAUGAAACAAAGGAGAGUGUUCCGAGCUCCUGAUCCAAGAGGAAUCUUGAGAGUGUUUAAUGAGCUCACAGACAUGCGGCGCUACUGGGUUCACAUGACACUGGAUCCUGUCAAGUCUAAAUCAACUGUUUCCAUUUCUGCGUACCGGGGACAAGUGAAACCAAACAUACAAGCGCAUUGGGGUUACAAUUAUGAUCCUUAUGGUUUUCAAGUGACACCAACGGAAAAUACAUAUGAGAACGGAAAUGAUGAUGAUUGUGGUUUUCUGGGCUCCCUGGUUAUCAAUUCAGGGAAACAUUACUGGGAGGUAGAUGUGUCAGGGAAAACUGCCUGGAUCCUGGGGGUAUACAGUAGAAUAUAUUCUGGAUUCAACUUGAAGGUUUCAUCUAAACAAGGUAAAAAUUAUCAAAAUAGUUACACUAGAUAUCAACCUAAACAUGGUUACUGGGUUAUAGGGUUACGGAAUCACUCUGAAUAUAAUGCUUUUGAGAACUCUUCCUCCUCAGAUCCCUUGAUCUUAACCCUUUCCCUGACUGUUCCUCCCCUUCGUGUUGGAAUUUUCCUAGACUAUAAGGCUGGCACUGUCUCAUUUUUCAAUGUCACAAACUACGGGUUUCUCAUCUAUAAAUUCUCUUCAUGUCAUUUUUCUCAGGAAGUUUUCCCAUAUUUCAAUUGUAUGACAUGUGGUGCCCCCAUGACUGUGUGCUUGCCAAGCUCUUGAACCUUCUUACAAUGUCACUCAGGUUGUAGUGCCUCUUGGUUUGGGUGCAUCUAAGACAUUCAUCUUAUUUGCUCUGUUCUCAUCAUCUUUUCCUCACUGCCUUCCUUUUGUCCAUUUGAACGUGCCUCCUUCACCAAUAGGAUGUACAGUUUGCAUUGUAUCUUAUUUUUCCCAAUAUCAUGUUGGCACUAGGAGAUAGUUUUAACUCAUUUUAAUACUCUCAAGGAAAAAUGACUGAUGCCUCCUAAAGAAAAAUAAGUAUUGAGUAAUACCUCUGACAAAUUUGACUGCUUAACUUCCUCUACCACUGAUUGAGAAGAUGUGGGAAAGCUUUUCAACAAUUUUGACAUUAUCAAAGACCUUGCAUAUGAGUUAUCUGCAAAAGAAUGAGUCCGUAGUGAUGUGUUGGUUUACCCACGGUGCCCCUUGUUCAUCAAGGACAUAAGGAGAAAAUAUAAUAAAUACUAUGUACUAAGAGUGGAAGUUUUAUGUCCAGAGUGUCUGAGUUCAAGUCCUGUCUCUCCAUAUACUAGCAGUGUAAACUUAAAUGAUAUACUUAAGUCCUGUGUUUAUUUUCUUAGAAUAAUCUUGAUAUAAGAACUGCACCAUACUUAGGUCAUUGUGAGUAGAUAAAUGUCAUUAAGUAUAAAGCACUUGUGUGUCUAUCUUAAUAAUUAAUACUUGCUAUAUUAAUUGCUGAAAAUUAUGGGCUCUGUCAGUGUCUCAUGAAACAGGUUUGUGUUUUCAGGGACACUAGGAUUCUUUUCACCGAAGUCUCGUUUUUCAGGUCCCAGAUACCAGUGUAUUGCUGUCAAGACUACUCCAGCUCUGCCUGUGAUACAUAAGCGUAUGUGUGGGUGUGUUUGUAUCACAGUUAGAAUUUUAUCAUAAUUCUGGUGUUACUACAUAAUGGCCGUUAUCAAGUAAACUAAAAUCUAUAGGAUUCUGUUUCUUAGUUGUAAAAAAAUAUGAACUUUACUGAAUGCAAUAUUAUAAAAAUUAAAGAAAUGAAUGUUUUCAGUAACUUCCAGCAUUUCCAGUACAUAAUCAAUAAUCCAACAUGGUGUCUAUCAUUUUUGCCACCUUCUCACUGUAACUGUAAUGAAUGAUUUUAAGAACUCAUAUUAGUUUACUUUCAACAUUAUUAUCCUUGACUUUUUUAACGAAAUACAGUAACUUAAAGGAUUAUAAUUGUUUUAAAUUUUAGCUUAUUUUAAAUAAGUGUUUCUACUUAGCCUCAUGGUCUUUCUUUCAUUUCUUUUUUUCUGCAUUAAUUCUGUGUUACAGAAUCGAAUUUCAAUUUGGGCUCUCUUUACCCAACUUUAAAAAGUUAUUAUUCACAAUGAUACAGUAAGAGUGAGAUGUACAAUUGUGGAAUUUCUUAAGAUAGGUGUAGAUAUUUUCUGUACCCUGGUCAGCCUUAAUUUUGCAGUGAAGUGAAAGUUCACAGGAUUAUGGGGAAAGCCUGUUCUCCACCUUCAGUGAGAUAGGAGGGGAAUUAUUUCUGCAAUGGAAGUUCAUUCAGGACGUGUUGGGAACCCCCAUGUGUUUUGAUAUUUUUAUUCAAAACUCUUCCCCCAACAAAGUUCAGAGUUUAAAAAAAAACCAAGGAGUGCACUGAUUGGUCAAGUGGUAUCUGCUCUCAUCCCUGCUUGUCCCCAGGAAUUCCCAACUUCCUCAUCUUUGGAUGACCUUUUGAGAUAAGCAAUUCCAAGGUGAAUACGUCCAGUAUAUGUUUGUGUAUGUGUUUCUCUGUAUGUACACAUCCAUAUCUCCGUGCUCAUCACCAGAAUAUUGAGGAUGUUGAUCUUCUAAAUUUUCCCUUUGACCUUUGCUAUCCUGUCACCCCAUUGUUACAAUGACUGAGGCUGUCACUAGCUAGCUAAUAUCUGUGCUCUGCAAUUAUUGCAAAAGGAAUCUACAGGGACAUUCACAUCUUCUCAUUUACUGGAACGCCCAGUCCUCCAGUUCUGGAUGAAGUAACUUCUUACAAGGAAAUAAAGACCUGAAUUGUCAUAUACAACCAAAAA